UCCUGGACCACGUGUCACAUUUCUUAUUAAAAAGAACAUAGUGUGUGACAGAAAAACCUGAAGAUGCUGGCAAUUGGUUUUUGUGGCUGGUAUUCUGUCUCUGGCUUUAUCAUUGAUGUUUGAAGACGGUUAAAUUGUUUAGGUAGCGUCAUUCCUCCAGCCAGAUGAGGAUUUCUCCUGCUUUGUGAGAUACGGGGUCACACAUUGCACAGGCUGAUACCUGCAUUUCCUUCUGUAUUUGCCUGUCUCGUUGUGUAGCUGCUUGUUUUUGCUGUCUCCGUCUCCCCUUCCCUCUGUUGACCCAUCUACCGGUCGUAUGUUCUGCCUUCACGCUCAUCGCUCCAAUCUUCAGGCUCCUCCGUUAGAAGUGAGGGGUGUGAGCUCAGCCGUCGCCGAGGAUUCGGGCUGUUUUGCUGAACCGCUGCAGCGGCUCCGUGAAGCUUCGCUGCGAGUUAGCGCUGCACCCGCUACGGGCUUCCCACUGUAAUGCUUCACCGCAGACAGGGGUUUCAUCAUCAGCGCCCCCCGCUGUGACACUCCACACUGACACAGACCCAGCGCCAGCUUGGCGAAGGUUGCAUCUGAUUUACACACUCUGCCCUGAAGCGUCUCGGCUCGUCCCAGCGCGCAGCCAUGUUUAUGAAAACAGCUGCUUUGGACCCAGUUACAACCUCCACCUGCUUUUGUUGUGUUGAUCUUUUUAGUUGGACAUCUUUUGGCCAUUUCUUAAGUAAAUCGACUUAUCUGAGUUUCAUUGUUUUACUUGACUUUGAAUUGAUUUUUCAGCUUGGUUUAAACUGUGUUGGAACAGGAAUUUAGGAUAAAAGAAAACACAAUAGAGUUUGAUAAAAAAAAUGACUUUUUUCCUCUAAAAAUGUUGAAUUUCUCUAUAACUUAAGGCCAAAAUGUCUGAGAAGCUGCUUAUGAGUCAUUGCAUCAAGGUCGAAAUCUGUUAAAGGCUCCCAGUCAAAAACAUGACUUUGGUGUGUGGUCAUAAGCCAGGGAGGCUGUUUGAAGCAGAAGUGAGUGUUUGCAUUUCCAAAUGUUGAUCCUUGUUUUCUUCUGUAAAGGUUUAUUACCCACAGACGAACGAAUGGCCACAGCAAACAAGCUCCAUCCCUGAAGCCUUAAACACUCGUCCUGUGUCUGCGCCUGAGACUGAUGCAACCUGCUCACAACAGGGAAGCUCGGUCCUUCCCUUUGUCUGAUGACAGCUAGCAACACGUUAGCUGAAGUAGACUGAACCAAGGCGAAAUCCUGCCAAUAUUCGCUUUUGAGAGCCAACGCGUUUGAAGCUAAUCAAUGCGUUUGAAGCUUUUUUAGCUCAGGGUUCAUUCAGCUUCGUCACAUCUAAAUCUUCUGCAUUAACAACUAGAAUGAAACCAACUCCACUGUUGCACGGCAGAUGAUAAACACACUGGAUCUUUUAGCAAUUAGCCACAUAUUUCCCUCAGGAGUCGAUGGCAACUAAAAUAGAAUACAAAUAAAUAUUUAAUUAGGAUUGAUUGGGAGGUCAGACGUAGGGUCCAAAUGAGUGAAUGUGUAGCCACUGCAAGGAUUUGUCCGCUAACACAUUCGCCAUAAUAGGGUCAGUGUGUGUCAACAGCUGUGAAGGCACACUUUAUUCUACCGCCACUGUUGCUAUAAAUGAAUUCAGCUAUGAGCUGACAGCACUAAUACGCAAUCGUCUGUACAUCCAUAAUGACUCAGUCUCUCAUCCAUAACAGUCUCCAUCAAAUGCAGCGUUCCCUCCUGUUUCAGUAACGUUCCCUGUUUAGUGUUUACGAGCAGAUUUGCUGUAAAACGUAGAACGUGGCGCCGGUGCUGGUCCAGUGUUUGCUCUGCUCCAGGUGGUGGAGCGGAUCAGCUGCUGUUGCUGUGGCUAAAGGAGCCGACUGGUUGGUGGCUCUUUAUUAUGCUGCACGCUGGGUUUCCAUAUGCUGCUCAGAGCCGGUGCCAAACGCUGAUGUGGGCCGCAGCGCUUCAGUGUCAGGCUGCAUUGGUUCAAGAGGCUUCUGGGAGGACGCAUCCUCUGUGGUCUUAAUCACGUUAGGGAGCGGCUCAUUAGCGCCCGGCGGCCUGGAUGCCCCCCCCCCACUGACCUCCAGCCCCUCUUUAGCCUGGAAACCUGGCAGGUGUAAACGCUCCCCGGGGAAGUUUGCUGAUGUGGAUCCACGGCGGCGGCGAGUGCGACCUCGAGCUGUGGCAUCAUGGGAGCACGUGUCAUGGACGGUGUCAUGUCCAACGUAACGGCGCGUCUGCUCACGGAGCUCAGACAAAAGGCGAGCGCGCGUGAGCGAGCGUGCGAGCGUCACGCCGCUGCUGGUGGGCUGCGUUCAGGAAUGAAACCAUGCUGCGGGCGGAUGGUGCUGGAGCUGCCUACAUGUCAUCAUUCAGUGCCAGGCAGCUAAAUUAAGAGCAUCGGGGAGUGAUUAAAGCGAGGCUUCCUCACUCUCUUCACUUAUUGCUCAGUAAAUGGGAAUUGAUUGAUGACCACUCAAAAGUUGACACAUCUACAGCUAAAUAUUCUGCAUCCGCUUUCUUUCAUUUGCCUCCUCCUCUGGCUCCUGUCAGCGCUGCACCUCCCUCUCCCAUCUCCCCUUUUCUCUCCUCUUCCUAAUCUCCUCAUCUCGCCUCCUCCCCUUUCUUCUCCUUUCCUCUCCUCACUGGAGUGCAGCUUCUCUUUCUAAUCUUCUCCCAUCGUGUUUUUGUCUCUUCUCAUUCUCCUCCUCUUUGUACAUUUCCUUCCCGCUGCUUUCAACUCAUCUCGUUUUUUUUCCAAAUAUUUCUCUGCACAUUCAUUCCUCCUUCUUUCCUCUCCUUGUUUCCUUUACUCUCUCCUUCCUUCCUUCCCUCUGCUUUAGUAUCUCCUUCUCCUCGUAUUCUCUUUCUACACUUUUCCUCCAUCAGUGUCAUCCUUUCUUUCUUCGUCCCACUCUCACCUCCUUCCUUUUCUUUCGAGUACCUUCCUCUCAUCUGUCAUUGAAUUUCUUCUAUUUUCUCCUCCUCUUUUCUUUUUCCAAAUAUGGAUCCUCUCUUUCCUGUCUUGAUGUCUCUUGCUCAUCUUUGCAGAUCCAUUUUCUCUGCUCUCAUCCUUUCUGGUUUCAUCCUCUCAUCAUCCACCUUCUACUCUUUCCAUUCCUUCUUCUCUUAUUCUAACAUUAUUCUAACAUGAUUUUCUUGUUCUCUCCUACAGUAUUUACUUUCAGCUCAGCCUCUCCUGUAGGUUUCAUUUGUUUCCCUUCCCUUCUUUUCAUCAUUGCUUCCUUCUUUUCUUUUUUUGCUCCUCCUCCCUUUCCCCCUGUUUCUUGUCGGUCUCCUCCCUUUUCCUCUAUCAAAUCUAUAAUAUGUGCCUCUCCUUUUACUUUACUUUUGCUCAGUUCAUUUCCUUUUCCUCUCCCUUAUUGUCCUGUUUUGCUUCCCCUCCUCUCUUCUAUCAUCAUUUCUCUCACCUAUCCUCCUCUCUGUACCCCCUCCCCUUCCCCUCUCCUGCUUGUCCUCCCACUUUCUUUCCUGUGCACUGUCCCUCCUUCAUCUCUCCCCUUCCUCAUUCCCUGACCUUUUCUGCACUCUCAAAUCCCACUCGUCCUCUCCCUCAAACAUCUGUCCCCCUCUCCUCUCCAUGCAUCUUUUACUCUUUUCUUUCAUGUGUCCUCUCUAUUAGUCUCUCUCCUCCUCCUCCUCCUCCUCCUCCUCUCUGUUCCAGCAGCAGAGGAUCACUGAUCAGCAGCAGCAGCAGCAGCAGCAGCAGUGUCACUCAGCACGGCAACGACUCGCUUAAAAGUGAGGACCUCUGUUUGGCUUUCUCUUGCCUCAUUGUUUUUCUUUUUCCUUCUUUUUGAGCAUCACUUCCUCCCCCUCCUCUUCAUCCCUCUUCUUUCAUAUGUGUCCAUUCCAUUCAGUCACAUUUUCAGUCGUUCCUUCUCCACUUUUCCGUCCUUUUUUCUGCCAGAUUGAUCUUUUUCGGAGUGCAGCAGUAUGAGGGUAUCAUGCAUUCCAAAUAGGGUUUCUGUCCUUGCUCCAGUAAGCGCAUGGAGCUUUUUUUUUUCUCUCUUUCUUCGCAGCUCAUUGGAAAUAAGUGGGACAGUGUUGCAGGUUUGAUACAGAAUGCCAACGUCUGGGCUCAGACAUUUUAACAGAAAAGCACUCAACCUGCAGCGAAUACACUGGAGCCUAAGAAUGUGGAUCAUAAUUUAAGCAUGGACCUGGAUGUAUUCACCCCCGUGCUGGCCACAAUGCCGGCAUCGCUACCACCGAACACCUCCUCGGAGAACGUCAGCCAAGCGCCGUCCUCGAGGUCUCCUCCUCUGCCUCCUCACUCGCAGGUGGCGUCGGUGUUCAUCGUGCUGGUGGUUACAGUCAUUAUCCUGGGGACUCUGGUGGGUAACGUGCUGGUGGUGGUGGCCGUGUUCACCAGCCGAGCCCUGAAGGCACCUCAGAACCUCUUCCUGGUGUCCUUGGCUUCAGCAGACAUACUGGUGGCGACGCUGGUCAUCCCCUUCUCACUGGCCAACGAGGUGAUGGGCUAUUGGUACUUUGGCUCAACGUGGUGCUCCUUCUACCUGGCUCUGGACGUCUUGUUCUGCACUUCCUCCAUCGUCCACCUCUGCGCCAUCAGCCUCGACCGCUACUGGUCUGUCACCAAAGCCGUCAGCUACAACCGCAAGCGGACGCCCCGGCGGAUAAAAGCCAUGAUCAGCAUCGUGUGGCUCAUAUCCAUCGUCAUCUCCUCCCCACCGCUCCUCAUGACCCACAAGGAGGAGGAUUUGGAGACGGAGGACGGCAACGGCACGCAGACGCAGGAGUGUCUCCUCAACAACCAGACGUGGUACAUCCUGUCGUCCUGCCUGGUGUCCUUCUUCGCCCCCGGCGUCAUCAUGAUACUCGUUUACUGUAAGAUCUACCGCGUUGCCAAGCAGCGCGCAUCAACUGUGUUCGUGGCAAAGAAUGUAAUGGAGCGGCAGCCGUCGCAGUCGGAGACCUGCUUCGUGGGCUCCGCCCGGACCUGCCAGAGGAAGGGCGUCAGCUGCAGCAACUCACGGUACGAGCUGGAGAGCCCGCGGCCCGCCAGCCAGCACAGCUCCCCCAACACCGACAGCAGCCACCAGAAGAGAGAGCUGGACGACAUUGCCUUAGAGGAGCGGAGCGGCGAGGCUGAGGCUGAGGCGAAAACGCCCUCCUCCUUCUUCCCUCGGAGAGCGAGAAUGAGGGGGAGAACGGAGGAGGGGAAGGAUGCGGACGGAGCAGCCUUCCGGCUGAAGCCGCCUCUUCCUCCCCCUUCCUGUGCCUCCAUAUCAUGGGCGUCCUCCGACCAGAGUUCCCAGCACUUCCUCCUGCCCUCACCAGUGCCGCUUCGCAGUAGGCAGAUGUCGCUCUCCAAAAACAAAGUGGCUCAGAUGAGGGAGAAGCGCUUCACUUUUGUCCUGGCGGUGGUGAUGGGAGUGUUUGUCCUCUGCUGGUUCCCGUUCUUCUUCACUUACAGCCUCCACGCUCUCUGCAGAGAGAACUGUACAAUCCCCGACACACUCUUUGACCUGUUUUUCUGGAUCGGAUACUGCAACAGCUGCCUGAACCCCAUCAUAUACACUAUUUUUAACCGCGACUUCAGGAGAGCCUUCAAGAAGAUUUUGUUUCAGACUCAGAAAUGAACUUAAGAGUUGAAAGUGUGUGUGUGUGUGUGUGUGUGUGUGUGUGUGUGUGUGUGUGUGUGUGUGUGUGUGUGUGUGUGUGUGUGUGUGUGUGUGUGUGUGUGUGUGUGUGUGUGUGUGUGUGGCUCCUCACACAAACACAAAGGUGUGCACACAGUUGUAAUCCUGUUUCCACUGUGCUGUCAUACUGACAUUAAAGGGCUUGUCAUACA